UCUAUACUCUCUCUCUCUCUCUCUCUCACAUGUAUAUAUAUUCGUUUCUCCCAACUCCAACGGACCCAUUCAACUCCACUUUACCAUUGACUCCAUCAAACUCCCUUCUGCACUUUGCUCUCUAUCAAAGACUCCAUCUUUACAUUCUCUCUUAUGUCUCUCUCUCUCUAUUCAAUUGACACCAGUCGCCAUGACCGCUGCCUUUCUCUUCCUCCUUUCUUUACUCUCCGUCCUCUCCACCUCCCUUUCUCAACCCCCCAGAGAUGUACGUAUUGAUUGUGGCGCGACAGAAAUCUCCACAAUCAACGACAUAGAAUGGCUGCCGGACACCGGCUACGUAUCCUCCGGGACUCCGAAGAACGUUACAACACAGGUUUUAAACCGAACUCUUGCCACUGCCCGUACAUUUCCAUUGAAAAACAACCUUUUCAAGAAGUUCUGCUACGAAAUUCCAGUUGACCGUACUAGGAAAUACAUGGUGAGGACUACAUAUUUCUAUGGCGGAAUCGGUGGGUAUAUUCACACACGGCCACCGGUGUUUGAUCAGAUAGUUGAUGGGACAACAUGGUCUAUGGUGAAUACAACAGAAUAUUAUAUGAAUGGAGAUUCUACAUAUUAUGAAGGAAUUUUUAAGCCUACUGGGAAGAAUUUGAGUGUAUGUUUGGCUGCUAAUACACAUACAGAUUCAGACCCUUUUAUUUCUGCCCUGGAGGUUUUGAUUUUGUGGGAUCAAAUGUACAAUUCUACAGAUUUUAAUACUUAUGCUUUGAGUUUAGUUGCAAGGCACGGUUUUGGGCUUGGAGGAAUGGGAAUAAGAUAUCCUGACGAUCUAUUUGAUCGUUAUUGGGCACCAUUUGGAGAGAGUAAUUCUCCCGCGUUGAGUUCUGAAAAUGUUUCUGUUUCUGGUAUCUGGAAUCUACCCCCGGUGAGAGUGUUUCAGACACGACUAACAAAAGACCAGCCAGAACCUCUGGUCUUAAUAUGGCCUCCAGCAUCUCUCCCUAACUGUUCAUACUACAUAGCACUUUAUUUUGCAGAUGAUCUUGUUUCAGUGAGCUCAAGAAUGUUGGACAUAACCAUAAAUGGGAUAACUUAUUACAAUAACCUUAGUGUGACUCCAGCUGGUGUUGUUGUCUUUGGAAAUUUUAUAGAGAAAGAUUUUCUUACAAGACAGCAUUUGGAAGACAACGGGCUUCAUGGACAGAUUCCCCCUUCGCUGGGAAACUUAAAAAACUUGCGUGAGCUACAUCUAUUAUCACAUUCGAAAAAUGCUCAUGUUACUAUUUACAGUCACAUGCACUAUGUUUACAUAUUUGGAAAUGGGCAUAGAUGUGGAAAUAGAAUUCUUGUUCCUUCGCUGGCUAUGGGCUCUGACAUGAAUUCAUUUCCGUGUUUAAGAAGGGAGAUUGUUUUUACUCAAUAA